UGUUGACAUACUUCAUUUUGGAUGUCGUAUCGAUUUUAGAUCAUCUUGUGUUUGCGAAUGGAAUUCGAAACUAUGUCACUAUUUCCGAAAUGCUGACGGUUACAACUUAUGUGGUCUACGUAAUAGUAAAUUGUGAAAUGACCAUUGCCGAAGGUAGAACAGUUCUGAUGACCUGUUACAUUUUAGAAGAUAAAUUCCCCAUUAAAUCUCCUGUAAGACAGGAGUUGCUUGAAUUGAUUGAUCAAGUUCAUUACCACGCGCCUGUCUUCACCGCUUUUGACUUGUUUGAGCUCAACAGACGCACAUUUCUGGUACUCAUAUCUGUUCUGACCACGUAUUUUAUCGUCAGUAUACAAUUUAUCAUGGUAAAUGCUAGCUAGAGUUGUUUGAUAGGAACACGAUGUUAGAUCCAGGGACUUACUAAACCACAAUGUAUAGGCAUGCUCCGUAUAAAAAUGCUAGAAUCACUAAGGAACCAGCUACCUGCUGCAGUGACAACUUAAAAUUGAGGGAAAAACUUAAGAAAAUAUAUGAAUCUUACACAAUGUACCUACUUACUAAGAAAUAAAC